UCAUAUUAUAAAUAGAACACCAGAGGGCGCCCUUUGCAACCGACGCCUGUGGAGCAGUAUGAGGAUUGCACGCCUCUUCCUGCAAACCCCACUCCCAGUGCUCAGUCCUCCUUGAGUAGCGCUUUGUAUUGCUCAGGAAAAGGAGGAGACAUCGGGGUAUUAACGGAGAAAGAUCUGUAUCUCUCCGUCCCAAGCCGUGAACGUGGAUCUCAUGCUCAAGUAUUUAGGGAGCAGACCAAAGGAUGCACAUAAUGCGGACUAUAGUGCUGUUGUAUUAGGGAAGGGGUUUCCCUCAUUAAAGUGAAUAGAGUAGGUUUUCAGACUGGGUGGUCUGCGAUUCCAUACAGCUGGAGGCUGGCUGGGACUAUAAGGAUUCUGGCUGCUGUAUUCGGUAGAAGGCAUCAACUGUUUUAAAUUGGCGACCGGUGGGAUUCAGGAUGUUGGCACGCAGGUGACCAGCUGUCCACGAAGUGUCAAUAAGGUCUGCGAAGUUGGGUUGUGAAGAGACAGUGUGGUCAGUUGGUCAAGAUCUCCUCUGUAGCCCAGGUGGGUUUGCUGGUCUGGAAGAGGACAUCUGCUGCGUUGGAAGGUCUGAAGAAGCGGCGGUCCGUAGAGUUGGCAGCUUGGUGUGUGCGCAGCCCGUGCUGGAGACAGUGAAGCCCCGGUACACGGGCAUGGAUAGGCGGUAAAGAAGCAUGGGCUCCCCCGAGCUGGGCAGCCCCGUCAAGGGGCUCCUUCUGGCAGCGCUCGCUCUGGGAUUAGCAGGAAGGACUACAGGAUUGUGGUUCACGGGUCAUGGGUAUAACUUGACCGUGUCUCAGGGCCAUGAAGCCAAGCUAAACUGCAGCUUGCAGGGCAUGGAGGAGCCGGAGAUCCAGUGGCUGAAGGAUGGUGUUCCUGUUCAGAGUGCUGAUCAAAUGUACAUCCCAGUUGAUGAAGAUCAUUGGAUCAGCUUCCUAAGCUUGAAAAAUGUGGAACGUCCAGAUGCUGGCAGAUACUGGUGUGAGGCAGAGGACAAUGGCGUGAAGGCAGUGUCCAGUGACAUUUGGAUCAUGGUGGAAGGCAUCCCUUAUUUUACUUUGGAGCCUAGAGAUCUGGCGGUAUUCCCCAAUGCUUCAUUUAACAUGUCCUGCGCGGCUGUUGGGCCACCAGAGCUACUGUCCAUCAUCUGGUGGAUGGGUGAUUCCCAAGUGUCAAGGAUAAUAAAUGAUACUACGUCUAUUCUGUUUGUACCAGGUAUUCAGCAAAAUACAGCAUUCUCGUGUGAAGCGCACAAUGAAAAGGGAGUUUCCUCAUCAAGGACCGCCAUGGUUAGAAUAAAAGGCUUGCCCCUGUCACCAUAUAACCUGACCGCUCACGGGAUUACCAGCAGUACAGCGGCAGUGACAUGGAUCCCAGGUUUUGAUAACUUCUCCCCAAUCCAUUCUUGUACAAUGCAGGUAUCAUAUGACACCACAACAUUUUCACUGCUCAUCUCCGUGCCGCCUUUUGCCACCAUCUUGGAAAAUCUUCAGCCACUGACCAAUCACAGCAUCCGUGUGCAGUGUAACAAUGAAGUGGGAGCUUCAGGCUUCACCGAAUGGCUGCAAUUUCAGACCUUGGAGUCAGUUCCACAUGUAUCUCCGCAGAAUGUUCACAUGAUUAGGACUGAUUCCGGACUGGUGUUAGAAUGGGAAGAAGUUUCCCCAGGUCUGGAAAACUACAGCCUGCUGGGUUAUAAAGUUCAAUGGGAGCAAGAAAAUAUAACUCAAGGAGAAGUGUUUGUACAAGGAAAUCAAGCUAAUGUUACCACAUGGGACCCCAGAAAAGAUCUGACAGUCAGAGUUUGCAUAGCAAAUUCUGCUGGUUGUGGACCAUGGAGUGACUUUCUCCUUGAAGCUUCCGCAGAAGAAGCAGGCAAGCAGAGGCAUCCUCGUGCAAGAAUGUCAUGGGUCCCAAUGGUAUUGGGUAUCCUCACUGCAUUAGUCACAGUUGUAGCCGUGACACUCAUCUUUCUCCGAAAAAGAAGGAAAGAAACACGCUUCGGGAACAUGUUUGGCUCUGUUUUGGGCAGGGGAGGUCCAGUAAUCCAGUUUACAGCUGCUCGGUCAUUUAACAGGAGGGGUACUGAGUUGAUGGAGGCAACACUGGACAGUAUUGGGAUUAGUGAGGAGCUGAAAUCCAAGCUUAAAGACGUACUCAUUCAGCAGCAGCAGUUCACCCUUGGACGGACACUGGGAAAAGGAGAGUUUGGCUCUGUCCGGGAGGCUCAGCUGAAGAUGGAGGAUGGCUCCCUUCAGAAAGUUGCUGUCAAGAUGCUGAAGACGGAAAUUUUCUGCUCCAGCGAUAUUGAAGAAUUCUUGAGAGAAGCUGCUUUCAUGAAAGAAUUUGACCAUCCAAAUGUCUGCAAGUUAAUAGGUGUGAGUUUAAGAAGUCGAACCAAGGGCAGGCUGCCGGUUCCCAUGGUUAUUCUCCCUUUUAUGAAGCAUGGAGACCUCCACACUUACCUGCUGAUGUCCCGUAUUGGAGAAGAGCCUGUUACUCUACCUAUUCAAACUCUUGUCAAAUUCAUGAUUGACAUCUGCAGUGGAAUGGAAUACCUUAGUGCAAAAAACUUCAUCCACAGGGACCUCGCCACUCGCAACUGCAUGUUGCACGAGGACAUGACGGUGUGUGUGGCAGAUUUUGGUCUUUCUAAGAAAAUCUACAGCGGGGACUAUUACCGCCAGGGAUGUGCUUCCAAACUUCCCGUAAAGUGGCUGGCACUGGAGAGCCUCGCAGACAAUGUUUACACCGUAUACAGCGACGUGUGGGCAUUUGGAGUCGCUCUCUGGGAGAUUGUCACUUUGGGACAGACCCCCUACGCUGGCAUAGAGAACUCCGAAAUCUACAGCUACCUCAUUGCUGGGAACAGGCUGAAGCAGCCCCCCGACUGCAUGGAUGAGCUGUAUGAAAUAAUGUGUCAGUGCUGGACCACUGAGCCUAAGCGGAGGCCCUGCUUCACAAACCUGAGAGAACGGCUAGAAGCAAUUUGGGGUCGCCUGUCUUUACUCUCAGCCAGCCGGGAUCCCCUGUAUGUAAACCUUGAAGAGACUUGUGGAGCCUCUGCUGGAGUCUCUGUACUGCAAUCUGGUUUUGGUAACGAGAAGGAUUGUUGCCCAGACCUUUCACAGACCUCUAGUGCAGCGGCACUUGCUAGCGACUAUCGUUACAUUGUGAGCCCUGGGUGCCUUAGAGAGGUGGAUGAGUGGCCACCACCUGCACACACCGGGGAAGCACAAGGACUUCUGAAUGCAGAGGAGGAUGAGGAAGAGGAUAUGCAGGACGACCAUGUGGUCAUCAACCUUUAGUUCACAGAAAUGAGAUUGUAUGCCUGUGAUACAUUUUGAGACAAAUAUUCCAAUUAUUUAUUAUUUCGGAAUUCAAGGAUCAUGGCCUGUUUAGUCACAGACGACAUAUGACCUAAUCAUAUCCAAUGAUUAACUCGACCCUCUACCUCCUUUAGCAUCUAAGGCCUGUUUCUACGACACAAAAGAAUAAUAAAAGAUUUAUAUUUCCCCAUGUUAAA